UAAGAGGACUUUGCUUAAUGUUUCAAAGUCAUAGCAGUCAAGUAACAAUUUUUCCUUCAAGAAAUCAAAACAAGCAAGAGAAAAAAGAAAGUAGAAAACUAGUAAAGGAAACACAAAUUAAGGCAUAGAAGCAUGGCCAGCGAGAUUGUAGGAACAAAGAAGGCUUGUGUCGUGGGUGGCACCGGGUUCGUUGCAUCUUUGUUGGUCAAGCUGUUACUUGAGAAGGGUUACGCUGUUAACACUACAGUCAGGGACCCAGACAACCAGAAGAAGAUCCCUCACCUGUUAACACUACAAAAGUUGGGAGACUUGAAAAUCUUUCAAGCAGAUUUAACUGAUGAAGGGAGCUUUAAUGCCCCUAUAGCUGGUUGUGAUUUUGUCUUCCAUGUUGCAACACCAGUCAAUUUUGCUUCUGAAGACCCAGAGAAUGACAUGAUCAAACCAGCAACCCAGGGAGUGCUGAACGUUUUGAAAGCUUGUGUCAAAGCAAAAACAGUUAAACGUGUCGUCUUGACAUCUUCAGCUGCAGCUGUGUCAAUCAACACACUUAAUGGGACAGGUCUGGUCAUGACGGAGAAAGACUGGAGUGAUAUUGAGUUUUUAUCCUCAGCAAAGCCACCAACUUGGGGGUAUCCUGCAUCCAAGACAUUGGCUGAAAAGGCAGCAUGGAAAUUUGCUCAAGAAAACAACAUCGAUCUCAUUACAAUUAUCCCUUCUCUGAUGACUGGUCCUUCUCUCACGCCAGAUGUUCCUAGCAGCAUAGGGCUUGCUACAUCUUUGAUUUCAGGGAACGAAUUCCUCAUAAAUGCUUUGAAAGGUAUGCAAAUGUUGUCAGGUUCAAUCUCUAUAACACACGUGGAGGACGUAUGUCGGGCCCAUGUUUUUCUGGCUGAGAAAGAAUCUGCAUCUGGUCGAUAUAUAUGCUGUGCUGUCAAUACCAGUGUGCCUGAGCUUGCUGAGUUCCUCAACAAAAGAUACCCCGAUUUCAAAGUCCCCACUGAUUUUGGAGAUUUCCCCUCUAAAGCCAAGUUGAUCAUUUCCUCAGAGAAGCUUAUUAGUGAAGGAUUCAGCUUUAAGUUUGGGCUUGAGGAAAUCUAUGACCAAACUGUCGAGUACUUAAAGGCUAAGGGGCUGCUCAAGUGAAGACUCCUGAACUUUUUCACUGAUGAUUGUGGCUUUUGGUUGCUUAAGAUCUAUGCUGUGUUCUGUGAUAAUAUCCUAAUAACUUAAUGUGUUACAAAUUAAGCUAAGAUCAUGUGGCGAAUAUGAUUUGCUUUGUUUAUGAAGGGCAUUAGUAGUUGAACUCAAUUUUCAUAGUACUUUUCUAUUUUUUGCUUUUCCAUCAGCAUAUAGAUUAAUACCUUUAGACACCA